AUGGCAGCCGAUACCCCAGACGCCCGCUCUAUUGAGUCAUGGGAAGAAGUAUUUUGUUAUCCGGUUCCUACAGCUCGGCGAAUUGAACGAGAGCUUCGUCAUGAUGUGGUCAGCAACAGAGAGAAGUUACGAUCUUUGGUUGGUGUGCGAUAUAGAGACCUUUUAGAUACAGCGCAAAGAAUUAUGGUGAUGAAUGAAGAGAUUAAGAAAGUUGAACAGAAUUUAUCAGGAAUCACCAUAGGUUGUAAUUCUGUUGCCAUUUCUAGGAAAUGUAAUGAGCUUCGCAAGUUGCAAGGCGUUCAAUUUGAGAGAGUUUCCAGCGACCGGACAUUCGCUGCACACUUAACUCUUUUCACAAAAUGCGUGUCCGCCAUUUCCAGAUUGCUCCACCACGGUUGCUCUAUAGCCGUUUCUUCCAAGCUCAUGGUCAUCUCAAGGAUUCUUCAUAAUACACUGUGUCAGUCGAAGAAAGCCGUACCUUAUGUGGAAAGGCUAUGGAGUCGAUUGGGGUACCUUCGGCGGACACUCCUGAAACACAUCAAUGUUCAACUUGCGUCACACAAUCUACCUGCUCAAGAUAUUGUAGAGUCCUUAUCUGCCUACUGCCUAACUACCAGCUCCUCUGCAGAAGAUGCGUACCGCUACUUUCAUGAUAUCCGACAAGAGGAAAUUGGUCGCCAGAUAGGGAAAAAUGGAAGCGUGCGACAUAAUUUACUUUCAGCGCUGGCCCUUUACAUGUACACACUGCAGAACACGGUGGAACUACUGGGUGGCCAAUUUUUUACUACUUUGGAAAAUUUGACCAGCAGCCCUCUUCUCGAUGAUCCAGCGGUUCGUCUCAUAGGCGAGCUUGAAAUUGGCACUCUCUACCCAUGGAUUUCGAAAGAAAUAAGAAAUUUCAAGCCUUGGAUCAAGCAUGACCGGAUGUCCAAACAGACCCUUGAAAUGUUAGUCAACUCCUGGUCAAAAAUAGCAUUCGAUAAUCUAGUUACUCGCGCCAAAAGCAAGUUGAAAUGCUGUGAGAACUUCCAAGAGCUACUAUCGAUACGCAAAUGCUUAUUGGAGAAGUGGCUUCCUGCGUUUAGCUCUAUUCCUUGUUACUCUUCCACAGAUGUUCUAGACAAGAUUCGCAGGAUGAUUAAUGAGCAACUUAUUACAGUGAUUCAACUGCGAAAUAAUGAACUUGGCUCUGUUGGCGAAACAAUAUCCUCGGCUAUGACAAAGUGGCCCGAUGUGUCAACUUUCGCCUUAAAGUUAUGGGAACCGGAGUUUGUUUUCGCAGAUACCUCGGAUGGAGCUACUAGGUUCAAGUUGCAACUUGUGGAUAGAGUUCAGGGACAUGAUUCCUGUGUGCUACACGUUCUAGAUGCCUAUAAAUAUUGGCUUAACGCGGUUAUAAAUCGCUCAAGUAUGAUACAGGAGCUCAGAAACCUCAAAUGGGAGGAUGUCCUGGACGAUGAUGUAGAAGAAGAGCUCUCUGAGACAAUAUGUGAUUACUUGAGCGACGAUGACCCUCAUAUUUUGCAGAACGAACAUAUCGAAUCGCUGCUCAAAAGCUAUAAAUCACUGGAAAUUGUGCUUAAAUUGGCCGCCGAACGCAAAAGUCCGCCGCACCAACUAUCGCAAACGGCGUUUCUUCUUCGGAUAACUCGAUCAAUACGAGAAAAUAGUCCAGAUCAGGUUGCAAUCACAGAUUACUCAUUUGCGCAGUCUCUAGUACCAAGUCUUCACAGUAUCUUAGCCGAGAAAAUAUCCUCUCAGUCGUCUCUCUCAACUAUAGUCAAAUCGCUGCUUCGCCAUCGAACGAGAUGCGCCGGUAGGUCGCUUUGGGAAGGUGAUGAACCACUUCCUGUGCUGCCUUCCCAGGCCACUUUCAAAAUUCUCCAGCAACUAGUCCUGUCCAUGGAACAGGAAGGCCCAGAUCUAUGGACUCCUGCAGCCAUAAGUGCUUUGAAACGGGAUAUGCUGGAUCGCAUUGGGACAGUUGUCAUGACAAAUUAUGAGAAACUCCUUUCUACCGCCGAAUUAGGGCAGGCCCGGCAGAGUGUGCAACAGGAACAAGAAUCACAUAAGUCGAGCCUUCGAGAUCAUAAGAUUCAGCUUCUCUUUGACCUUCUCUAUCUCCGCAGCGCAUUGUCUUGUAAUGACAAAUCGGCCUCUAAGCAGUCGCUAAAGAAAGUAGUCGACGUGGUACACAAGGAUUUGAAACUCUCAGGGGACUCCAUGGAUAUUUUAGGGAGUCGCUCGCAUGAAUACUGGCUUCGCACGAGGUUGCUGUUCGGUUUGCUGGGUUAA